AUGGCUGAAACUCCUUCUGUUACUGAUGUUCUUCUCACAACCGAUGGUGCUCUUCUCACGAUCAACAUGACCAACGUUACCAAACUGCUUCCCACAAACUAUCUCAUGUGGAAGCCACAAGUACGUGCUCUUGUCACUGGCUAUGGUCUACUUGGUUACCUUGAUGGAUCCACGACGAUUCCACCAUCAACAACCACCGUCAAUAACGUUGACGUCCCUAACCCAGCUCUUGCGAUCUGGAAAAGACAAGAUGAUCUUCUCUACAGAGCCCUCCUCGGUUCAAUGUCUCUCUCUGUUCAACCUCUCCUCUCCAGGACAACCUCCUCUGCCGAGAUCUGGUCUACUCUUGACGCCACCUAUGCGAAGCCAAGUCGUGGUCACAUCCAACAACUCCGCGAUCAGUUGAAAGUCUGGAAGAAGGCUGAUCGAACAAUCGAUGAGUACUUUCAAGGUCUCACCACACACUUUGACACCCUUGCCAAUCUUGGUAAGCCUUUGGAUCCUGAAGAACAAAUUGAAUUUAUUCUUGAUGGUCUAUCUGAAGACUAUCGUCCCAUCAUUGAUCAAAUUGAGAGUCGUGACGUCCCACCUACUCUCACGUAUUCAUGA